AGAUAAGAGGAAGGGUUUCUCUCCUGUACCAGCUCUCUGUUCUUGUCUGAGGCCAUCACAGGGCAGCCGCUCAUUUCAACACCUAUGAGUGGUUGGUACAGUGGAUUUUGAAAACAGAAGUUUAAGCUUGUCCUGUUCAGCUUCAGUUUAUAAACCGAAUUGAAAAUCACAACUGCUAGGUUACCUUCAUCUUUUAAAGUUUGUCAAGCUUUCUUUUCAUAACCAUCUAUGUCUGAAGAAGUUACUUAUGCAAAUCUAAAGUUCCAGGACUCCAGCGAGAUAGAACAUGUGCAGAAGUUUGACCAAGUUGGCAUAAAAGCACCUCCUGCUCCUUUCCAUGGGUUACGUAAAAGAGAAUUGGCUCUUACGCUCCUGUGCCUUCUGCUGGUGAUUGGACUGGGAGUCUUAGGAAGCAUGUUUCACCUAACUUUAAAGAGAGAAAUGGGAAAAUUAAAAAAACUACAAAAUGUCAAAGAAGAACUUCAGAAAAAUGUUUCUCUACAACUGAUGUAUAAUAUGGACAUUUGCAAGAAGAUCAGGAACAUCUCUACCACACUGCAGGAACUGGCUACCAAAUUAUGUUAUGAGCUAUAUAGAAAAGAACCAGAGCAUAGAUGUAAACCUUGUCCAAAAAGAUGGAUGUGGCAUGAGGACCGCUGUUAUAAACUAUCUAAUAAUUAUGACACAUGGAAAAAUAGUGACAUGACAUGUUCUGCUUACAAUGCCAACCUGUUGAAGAUUAAGAACAAAAGUGUAUUGGAAUUUAUAAAGUCUCAGAAGUUACAUGACUAUUGGCUAGGAUUAUCUCCCAGGAAAGUUAAUACAAAAUAUGAAAUCUUGGAUGAGGCAUUUAUCUCCCUUGAUUGGCUUACAAGAAACACAAGUGACUUAAAUGAUGGAGCAUAUUGUGGAUUUAUAGCAUAUACGAACUACGUUUAUUAUACUUCUUGCACUUCUGGAAAAUAUAGUGUAUGUGAGAAGUUAGCUAAUCCAGUGAAGAUUGAGAGUACACUCAUGAAUGAAGAACCAGAUGGAAGAAUGUAGUUAGUGUAAUUAUUUUGCCUUAGAUACCAUCCUCAAGUAAAGGUCGCUUUAAAAAACAUACAUCUUGUGGACCACACAAAUGGAAUAAAGAUGCUGUAAA